AUGAUGGCAGACCUGGAGCGCAUUUUGACCGGGAAGGGGAUACCCUUUCAUCGGGAUGGAAACCGCCUGCGAUGCUUCCCACAUGUUGUCAACAUUUCCGUGCAGCAUGGGCUCUCUUCAUUGACCGAUCUUGACCCUUUCGAGCCCACAGCGACAGCAGACGAGUCCACUAAUGACAUCCCAACGCCAGACCAAACAAUUGUCAAUGCUCGGCAGCUCAUCUCGGUGUGCCGUGUCUCGGGCCAGCGACGCGAGGAGUUCAAGAACACCAUCAUCGAAGGCAACAAAGCUGGUAGCUUCGGUGAAGGGGUUGAGCUGCCAAAGGCUCAGCUUCUGCGUGAUGUAGACACGCGCUGGUCUUCGACAUUUCUGAUGAUUGACAGGCUUCUCGAACUCUAUCCGGCGGUCCAGAACUUCAUGAAGAAGCCCGACUAUGAGGAGCUCGCACACCACCUGCUCUCCGAGAAGGAGCUCGAUGUCCUCGCGGAUGUCCGCGGCUUCUUACUGAUCCCACACCGCGUGCAGGAACUGCUCUCGGCUGAGCAGACACCUACCGCCUCAAUGACGCUUCCAGCGUAUGAGGAACUCCUUGAGUUAUUGAAGCUCGCCCGCAGCAAGUACUCGAAAAUUGCGCACGGCAUUGAGGCUUCCAUAUCAGUACUCGAGCAGUACUUGCGCUAUACGCGCCAAACGCGCGUGUACGCACUCGCCAUGGGUAUGUCUACACUCUAUUUUCAGUCAUAUUGCUAA